AUGAGGGUCCCAGCCGCUCUACUACUCGUCAUCAGCAUCGCCGUCAUCAAGGCCACGACCACAGCCCCCCGCGAUGAAGUAGACGACAGUCUCACGACAGAGGAAUACGCGAUACUAUGGGGUCUCGGGCCGAGGAAAUAUGCAACUACUGCGUCCACAUCCUGA